UUUUUAGUUCAGAAAAUCAUGCCAGAAUCGACACCCGUAUAUUUCUUAAGCACUGAACUAGCUGACCCGUUGAACUUCGUACCGGUAACAAUAAUUUAAAGGAAAUGAAAGCUGUCCAUUUUACAGAAACACAGCUUUUACCAUUUUUAAUUAAUAUUUUUUAAACACAAUAUAUAACAGAAAUAAUAAAGUAACUGGCUGCUUAACUAAAUUAGAUGUUCUUUUCUUGUUCUUUGUUAAUUUGACAUCCAUCCGAUUAUUUAUUGCCAACAAUCAAAUAGAAAAAUCACUUCUGAAAUUCUUAGAGCCUUUCAAUAAUUAAUUAGCCUUUUGUUACUUUCCACGAUAUGCCUUUCGCUCCUGAAUUAAGAACUCAUGCCCAAAAAGUUUGCACUUUAUAUAAAAAAGCUUGCAGACUUAUAGAAGGCUAUUAUGUGGCCAGGUAAGUUUAUUAAAAUAACUAGUAUAAAGUGAGUGCCCGCAAUUUGACCUGCGUCGAAAUCUCGACUAGACAGUCAUACAACUUUCAUCUCUUCAUUUGCCCUUUUGCGUAAUAAAAAGUAUCGUAAAAACGUCAUGGUUCGAAAAAAGGCUCCGAGCUUCAGCAUUUGAAGCGUGAAAUCGUAUGUUUAUUAGAUAUACAAUAAGGUAUCAUCAAGUCCAGCUAAGAAACGUUUUUGACAAAAAUGCCUGCGUUACCGAUCCCAAAGAGCAGCGCCGACUGUUGUGGGUCGGCGAAAAUGAAAUAUUUGAAAAACAUAAUCCUUUACCACUCGCAAAAUUUGCUCGCUCUAUAGGUAUUGCUGGUGGAGUGGCACACGGCCGUAUCGUUGAGUCACCGGACUGGGUGCUCGAUUACUGGCAUCCUCUCGAGAAAGCCCAAUACCCCGAGUACUUUAGAAUUCGCGAAUGCAGAAAAUGCGAAUACAUAAAAAAAUGGAAUUCCGGAGAACUAUAUUGAAAAGAAAAAAUAUUAUUUAAAAAUUUAUUAUUGUUAUUGACGUGAAAUAUUCCUAUGGCGCCAUUGUUAUUUAUUGGUGUUAUUAAAUAUUUUAUUGAAGUUUCUUUACACUGGUGUCUUACAGUUACAGCCCCUGAAAUUGGUAUACACCUAUAAUCAUAGGGAGCGUUUAGCCGACAAAAGGCUAAGCAGCAUAAAAAGAAAAAAGGCGAUUGCUAAGGAGCACUGGAAAAAAAAACAACGGGUUGCACUCCGGGAGUGCCAACAGAAGUGACAACUUGAAUAUUAACGUUGUGCAUUUUUACAAUUUUGGAAUGGUUAUGGAAUAAUUUUGCACGAAUUGCUUUAAUUAUCAAUAUAAAAGUACGAUCAUUUAUGUGGUAGAAUACAAAAUUUAUUUAUUGCGCUAUCGUACACAAACAUUACAAUUUAUAUUACAUCAAAAAGUUUAGAUCAGAAAAAUCAACUUACAUGAAUCACAUUUAAGCGCACCUAGCGACAUCUAUUGCAACAAAAAUGCAUUUUCUUUGCAAUAAAGCUGCCACCUGGACGUCCUAGAUAGAGACUUA